AUGCAUGUGGAUCUGCAAAAGAUACCCCUUGUGGUAAUUGUUCAAGUGCAGCACAUCUUCAAUGAGUUCUCUGCCAUGCCAGGUAUAAAGACUUAUCAAGAGCGCCCACCAUCCUAUUGUGUUACUAUGCCAGAUCAUACUGGGGACGAGACGUAUACUGAGACGUCCUCGCCCUCGCCAGGCACUUCCCCUACCACAUACACUGGGACGUGCUCACCCUCGCCAGGCACUUCCCCUACCACAUACACUGGGACGUGCUCGCCCUCGCCAGGCACUUCCCCUACCACAUACACUGGGACGUGCUCGCCCUCGCCAGGCACUUCCCCUACCACAUACACUGGGACGUCCUCGCCCUCGCCAGGCACUUCCCCUACCACAUACACUGGGACGUCCUCGCCCUCGCCAGGCACUUCCCCUACCACAUACACUGGGACGUGCUCACCCUCGCCAGGCACUUCCCCUACCACAUACACUGGGACGUCCUCACCCUCGCCAGGCACUUCCCCAACCACAUACACUGGGACGUCCUCGCCCUCGCCAGGUACUUCCCCUACCACAUACACUGGGACGUCCUCGCCCUCGCCAGGUACUUCCCCUACCACAUACACUGGGACGUGCUCGCCCUCGCCAGGUACUUCCCCUACCACAUACACUGGGACGUGCUCGCCCUCGCCAGCCGACGGUGUCUGCAACACUUCCCUGGUGUCGGUAACUGGCACUACAGCCGACGGUGUCUGCAACACUUCCCUGGUGUCGGUAACUGGCCCUACAGCCGACGGUGUCUGCAACACUUCCCUGGUGUCGGUAACUGGCACUACAGCCGACGGUGUCUGCAACACUUCCCUGGUGUCGGUAACUGGCACUACAGCCGACGGUGUCUGCAACACUUCCCUGGUGUCGGUAACUGGCACUACAACCGACGGUGUCUGCAACACUUCCCUGGUGUCGGUAACUGGCACUACAGCCGACGGUGUCUGCAACACUUCCCUGGUGUCGGUAACUGGCACUACAGCCGACGGUGUCUGCAACACUUCCCUGGUGUCGGUAACUGGCACUACAGCCGACGGUGUCUGCAACACUUCCCUGGUGUCG